CGCAACCGCAAAAUAGCUCGCAGAGAGAGUGCGCAUGCGUAGUGGACAGCUGAGCGACUUAUUUCCGCGAGGAAGUAUUUCUCGCAAGGACGGGCUGUGCUGCUGACUGUGGUCGGGGCUGUGCACGGCGGGGAAAUAUGUGUCUUCACGUCUCCAGCAGGCGGAGAUGGUUCCUGGCAGCAUGGAGAUAGUUCACGAGGGAAUGCUGAAGAAGUCCCCGCCCCCGAAGCGGCUGUGGAGGGCGAAAUGGAGGACGCGAUGGUUUGUGUUACGGUCUGGGGAACUGCCAGGCCAAUAUGUUCUCGAAUACUACACAGAUCACACUCGACGCAAGCUGAAGGGCACGAUAGACCUGGACCAAUGUGAUCAAGUUGAUGCAGGAAUAACGUUUCCCAAUCGCAAGCUGGACUACAAAUAUAUGUUUGACAUCAAGACCCCCAAGCGAGUCUAUUACCUGUGUGCUGAGACUGAGCAGGAGAUGAAUCGAUGGGUGGAUUGUGUGUGUCAAGUGUGUGGGCUCAAGAUUUACUCCCAAGAUGACUACCCUCCAGUGUCCCUUGAACACCUUUCUCCAACUCCGCCUUCAGCCACCCCGCCAACACCUAUGCACUCACUUCCUCAUGAUCAUUCAGCUUUAGACUCUCCUUCCUUAUCACCCUCAUCUCCUGGAUCCUCCAUUUCUGGGCCAUAUAUUCCCAUCAGCACCUGCUUCACUGGAAAGAGAACUCCUAAUACCAAUUCUAGUUUUCCCUUUGGUGAUGAUAUACCACCAUUGCGAGCUCUUGAUAAUCAUCGGUCAAGCAUACCCAAUGAAAUGGCACCUCCAGUACCUAUGAUUUGCUCUGAUUCCCAGCCACCACUCAUGCAAGCACCUCAACCUCCCACUAUCAACACUGGAGCUAUUCCAAGAGAGCCUUAUGAUAACCAUAGACAAUUGAGGCCAUCAGGCACUACAUCAGAGGAUACUCUUAGUGUUAAGUCGCCUUUAGGAACAGAUGGAAGUAGUGUUUUUAGUGAAGAUGAAUUGCCACCUAAUUCUUACAAAGUGGAAACAAAGUUUUUCAGUGAAGGAAACAGAGCAGGUAGUGGUAUUCAGAACAAUAGAGACCACUGGGAAGGUCAUAGUAACCCAAGUGGGGUGUCUUUAGGGACUGUAGGUAGUGUGGGAGCUCUGUCAGGUGACGUGCGUGGCAUGAGUCUCUCUGAUGAAGACCACCAUCUGGCGGCUCCCCCAAGACCCCCUAAGCCAGCACAUCUAGUAGAAGUUUCCCACCAGACAUAUCAAAACUUAGAGACAUUGUCUAAGACUCCUUUAGUUAGGAGGAAUAGUUCCAAAGAAACAUUGAAAAAUGGAGUUGGUUGCCCUCUUACAAUUAAUGAUAAUAUUGUAGCACCUGGCCCAGAACCUUCACCUGUUUCAGUGUGCAGCUCCUUGCCUCCCUCCUCUCCCCGAGAAGUCAGUGAGGAGGCGUAUGGAGUGAUCAUUAGAUCACAACAGUACUCUGAAGCUGUAAGUCCACAGUCGGCUGAUAGAAUCAAACAGAGACACUGUUAUAACAAUUUUGUCCCAACACCCAAGCAGAAUCAAGUGUUCUCAUAUGACAUGCGACAUCAUGAUAAAACUGGAGAGCUGGAGCCACUUGAUCCAAGAAUAUCACCUAUUGGAACAUAUUCCAAUAUCAGCCAAACUAAUAAAAGCCCUCCUGCAGUCAAUCGAGGCCUUAAACCUAGAAAGAAUUCAGAGGUGAGCAACUUGAGUUCUUCAGAUUUAUCUCCACCUCUUUCUGGUGGUGUGGUACCAGAGGCAGUGGGGGCUAUUGGAGGCUCCCCUGUACCUCCAUCCUCGGCACCACCUGUAGUGGACAGGAAUCUGAAACCACUUAAAAACCCUCCAGAACCCAUAAACAAAGCAUUUGUAUUAGAUCCAGCCCCAACAAGACUGAUGAAACAUCAACACAGACCUCGGGCAGCACCAUCACCAACCCCCCCCAGCAUGCACAAUGGACGAGGGAAUGCAGACAGCAGGGAAGAGAAUGAGCUUGUGUCAAGUCCUGACAGUCGCCGUAAUUCUUCAAAUGCGGAAGAACAGUUUUCUCGGUCUCACCCGGAAGUGCAGUACCUUUUACUUGAUCAUGAGACCCGAAGCAGCCCUCAACCCAUUAAAGGCGUAACAAGUAAGAAUAUUAUUGGGCCCCCGGUCCCUUCUGUUGUUUAUCAACCCAUUGAUUUUGUUAAGACUGAUGCAUUCAACAAAAUGAGAAUGAAUGUUGAAGACACCUACCGCAAGAACCAGUGAAUUUGAUUUGUUGAAUCUGUAAUCAGAAAAAAAACAUGCUUUAAAGCAAUAUCAGUGUGAUUCUGUGAUCUACAAUAACAGUUGUAUUGAAAAAGCAAAAUCAGCUGUUUUCUGUUUAUAAGACUUUCCAGCUUAUGAAACAAUACACCAAAGCAAAAAGUACUGUGAAGAACUUUUAUCCAAAUUUUAAUCUGUAGAUUACAGUUUUUUUAAAAGGUUGCAUUUCAGUGUUUGUACACUUGAAUAGUAACUGUCAUGUCAAAAGGGCAAAUUAUACUAGUAUAUCCAUAGGAAGAAAGAGGUGGAGGAUUUUCAGAAAAUUUGAUGGUCAUAUUGUAUAUGACCACUUACCUUGAGCACUCUGCAUUCCAAUGUGUUUUAGUGAAUUCACUGGGAGAAUUAUGUAUAAUAUUCAAGCACAAGGAUGAUUUUUUUACUUGCUUAGCAAACACUGAGGACCAAGUGUAUGUAAUGUGUGUAAAAAGCAAGUUAUCUUUACUAUCUAUCUUUCUAUACUUAUCACUGACACCCUGUCCCUUAUAGGGAACUUUUCCCAAAGGGGUUGCCACGGCAAAGUCUCCAAUUUCCCUCUCCUUGUACCCCAUCUCUGCUCAUUCAUCCCUUGUCUGCCAACUCUUUCCAUUACUCACCCAAAUCCAUCUUACUAGUGGUCUCCCAUAAUACCAUUUUCCUUAAUCUUUUUCUCAUACAGUCUACAAAAUCAUUUUCAUUCAUUCUCAUCACAUGUCCAAACCUUUCAGAAUACUGCACUGCACCUGUUCAUCCACUCCACUAUCCACCCCCUUGCUGCUACAUCCAUACCAAGACUCAUACUCAUCCUUAGUACUUUCUCCAUCCCAUUUUGACAUGCCACAUGCUCCUCUAUACAGCUCAUGUCCGUUGUGUGUGCCGGUGAUUGCUGUGCUACAUUCCACAUGGUAAACAUUUUUGGUGUAUAUGACUGAGUUGGGAGGAUAAUGCUGUUUUAACGUCCUUUUUAACCCUUAUACUCCGUGUUUAUAAUUGUGAGUGAUUGCCUGAUAUAUACUUAAAAAAAAAAAGGUGAGGUAAUGUAAACAGGUAAACAGGUUGUUUCAGCUUUUAUGCUUUCAAAUUAUUUAACAAAAUUUAGAGUAACUAUAUAUAUAUAUAUAUAU